AUGGAGAUCAUAGAACAACAACAACAACAACAACAACCACCACAACAACCACAACAACAAUCAUUUGAAAGCAUUAUUUGUGACAUUGAAAGAGAGGAUAUUAAUCAACAAAACGAUGUAUUGGGUCGCAAGAUUAGAUUAGACUGUUACAAAGCACCAACAGUAGAUUGUCUCGAAGAUAUUGUCAUUAAAGUAGAUAAUUUCAUCAAAGAAUCAACAAGAAAGGAAGGAGAAGAAGAAGGAGAAAGAAAGGCUACAACCUCAAACCUCUCUGCAGCAUCGGAUGAUAACAGUACUCUUCUUGGUAAACUUUUCUUCAGCACAAAGGCAGCAGGAAACCUUUUCCGUAUCGUAGCAAAGAGAUCAAUCAUUGGUGAUUCUGACAAGGUAGUAGGAGUGGAAUAUUUGGUAAUCGUUUAUCAUACAAGAGCUUGGAUGCGUCCUUCAAAAAUGCCUCACCAUCGUCCCGAGGUCAAUCAAUUCAACAAUCCUUCACAACAACAACAACAACUCAAAAGAAAAGUACGCGAAGAUAAAACCAUCAUCAGAGACGAGGAGGAAUCGGUAGAUGAACCAGCAAAAAAGAAACCCAACUACCCUGCAACAAUCUUCUUUGACUGUAUUGAAGAAAAAAGAGAAGUAGUAAGAGUAGAUGGAAAGAAAUACGAAGAUGAAGUCGCAUUCAAAGAUGUUGAUGAACUAAUGGAUUGGUAUCACUUCAUGCGCCUCAGAGAUUUCCUUACCAUGUCACAAACCAUCAUCGCCGAUCGUUUAUUCAAAAGUGAUAACAAACAAUGCACAUUACAACUUGGGUCUGCACCAAAAUAUCUAGGAGACUUCCUCGAGGAACAGAACCCAGAUAAAUGCAACACAACCUAUCACAAAUAUAUGUUAUCGGAAACAAGAGUAAGAAAAGAACAUCUAUCUUAUGCAGAGGUAUAUAAUUACCAUUUUAGUGCAAACUAUUCAAAUAAGUUCCUACCACCUCUACACGAUUCACUUUGGCAUGGAACAGUUAAAACGGAAAUGGAUGGAGACAUUAAACACAGAUAUUUUAUUAGAUAUACCAACGCAAUCUUUCACAUCAACACUGCAACAAAAAUUGUUUCAGUUACUUUAAGAUUUGAUGUAGAACUAAUAGUACUCCAACCAAAUCUAAAUAAAUAUAUUAUGGUCAAAGCUUAG